AUGUCAUUUAAUAAAUGGAAAGAAAGUUCAUCGAAUUCGAAACCUUCGAGUGUUUUAUACUCGCCAAAAUACCGUGAACAUCGAGAAAAACGAGAGAAUUCGGAGAAAAAUUCAUUUUCUCUGCGAGAUCCUUCACCAACCAGAAAAGAUUUUGAGGAAUUUGAUGCGGAUCGAAGAUUUCGAGAACAUGCGAGAGAAAUUAGACAAGCGAGUCGAAAUGAAAUGAGAACACCGACAAAGGUUUGCAAAAAAUUGAAAAUAGCCUCGGGAAAAGAACCGCAACUUUCUGCAACUGUGGCAGCAUUUGUCGCAGCGCUGCGGCAAUUUGUCGCAGCGCUGCGGCACCGCAACACAUGCGCCGGAGUUGCGCCCAUUUCCGCAACAGUUCACGCAACAGUUGCGAGUUUUGUCGCAACUCCGGCGCAUGUGUUGCAACAAAAAAAAUGCCGCAGCGCUGCGACAAAUGCUGCCACAAUUGCGGUUCUUUUCCCGAGAGGAUUAAAAUUUCGAAUUUGAAAAUAUUUACAGGGCGAGCGAAAUUCAAGCAAUGUACAUUUUCAAUCUCCUGAGCCAAACAGUUAGUUUUUUCUUAAUUUUCAAAAUAAUUCAGUUUUGAAAAUGUUAUAUUCGUGAAGCUCAAAUCCGCGCGAAAACUAGUUAGCGCAACUUUCAGAUUCUCCGCCAGAAAUGUUCUACACACCAAUGCGCCAUCCACCAACGCCAUCUUCAAAUGAUGAAUUAUUUCAAACUCCAAUGUCUUCCAAUUUAGGUUUGAUCUAUUUUAUGGCGCUCAAAUUCGCGUUUUCCAACAAAAAAAAUAAAAAUGAUUAAAAAAAUGUCGUUUUCAUUCACGUUUUAAUUUUUUGACGCAUUCUGCAAAUCUCAUAAAUAUUCUCAUUUCUCAAUGAAUUCAACGCAUUUUUCAGGUGAAUAUAAUCAUUUGUCAAAUUUGGAUAAACUUCGGAUUCGUCAAAAACUAUUGGAUGAACAGAUGAAUCGAAGCUUUGAGAAUAUGUCGAAAACUUUUGGGAGAGUUGAAGAAACGCCUGAAAAGCAGCCUGAACAUAUGUGAGUUUGGGACUUGAAAAAUAAAAAAAUUUCAUAUAAUUUUUUUUCAGAAAUCCUGUCAAAGAAGUUCGCAAAACUCCGGAAUCUGACAGAUUUUCGCUCUUGGAAUCAAUCGAAAAUUCUCCUCGAGUUUUUUCGCCGCCAAAACAUUCUGUAGCGCGAAUUUUGCAAGUUGAACAGCAUAAAACAACGAUUGGCGGAGCUUCAUCAGAAAAUAUGACAUAUGUGGAAACUUUGAUUUGUGCUUCACAAAUGCAACGAAAGUAUAGUGAAGAUGCGGAAAAAAUGGAGAAACAAAUUGAAAAAUUGGAAAAUAUCAAGAAAAGAUUGGAUGGAGGAAAAGAGAGGAAUGAAGAGAGGAAAAAAGAGAUGAUAAAUGAAUUGAGACAGAAAAUCGAGCAGAUUAGGAAGAUUCGAAAAAUGAUUGGAGAAUUGGAAAAUCGGAAAAAUGGAAGAGUUGAAGAUGAUUCAGAUGAUGAAAAAGAACUUGAAAAUCUUGUUGUUUUGGAAGAAAUUGAUGAUAUGCAUUUGUUUGAAAAUCAAUAUACAAGACAUUUGCGAAGAUUAUCAAAGGAAUUUAAGGUAACUAAUUGGAGAAUGUGUUCUUGCCGAUCUUGAGAACCCACGUGUCAGACAGCUAAAUCUUAGAUCAGGUCCUAAGCCCAAUGAUCUCAAAUCCCAAUUUCCAUUUAUAUAUUUCCAGCUUCUUCUCAAUGCGUUCAAUCAAAAUUUGGCCGCCAAAAAAGAGCGCAAAAAUCGUCGAGCAAUGCUAAGAAAUUCAAUUUCGAAUUCCAGAAGAAAUAGUGAAGCGAUUAAAAUCGAACCUUUGAUUACCAAAUGCGAUACAUCAACACAAAUGACAUCUCGAAUCGAUGAAGAAAAUGAGGAAGUUGAAGAGAAAGAGAAGGAAAGUACACCUAGAAAAGCUGGAGUUGAACCAUUGGAUUUAUCGGGACUUGAGAAAAAAGUGGAAGAUGAAAAAAUUGCGGUGUUAGAUCAAAUGCUUGAUUCGAUUGUUUUGAAUGAUGAUAAGAGCUUGGAAGAUGCUCCAUUUUUUAUGAGUAAGUUUUCGAGCGCAGCGAGUGUAAACUGUGAGAUUCCUGCAAAAUAGUUUGCUAUGACGUGGGAAACGUACUGAUAUUUCUACGCUCUUAACCCACGUGGCCGCUAAAGCUUGCGGUUUACACUCGCGCAAGGCGCUCGCCAAAUCCAUAAGUUUUUUUUUUUCAGAUGCUCAAAACAUCUCUUUUCAAAAUGCCGAUGAUUCAUUGCUGAACCGAAGCGAAUCUUUUCGAAAAUUCGAAUCAGUUUUCCCAUCAAGACCUUCAUCAGCAGCCGAAGAAACGCCACCAACAAAAAGUGCGCGAGGAAGUUUGGAUUUAGCAUCAGCUCGAAAAUUAUCGGCUGGAAUUGCGCAUUUUCUCGAACUCCAUCAGAAAGAAUUGGAAGAAAAACAGGUGGCUGAAAAUGUCAUUGGAAAAGAUGAAACGGAAAUUGUUGAAGAAGUGAUAAAGGAGAAAAAUGUGGGAUUAGAAAGUGCUUCGAUAUUUGAACAAGAAGAAGGAGAUGAAACGAAGAAAUUUGUGAUUCGUGAUGAAUAUGAAGAUGAUUUUGAAGACGAAAAUUGUGAGUAUAUGCAAAAAAUUUAUAGUAGAUUUAUUAUUAUGUUUUUGCAGUGUCAAAUGAAUCGCAAACAAAUUCGGUGAUCGAGGAGAAGUCGAUUCGAGAAAAAUCUGAAGUUUCAAUGAAUGAUUCUGCUGAUGAUUCGGGAUUUUUGUUGAGUAAUAAGGUGAGGAAAAAUUGAAAAAUCAUAGAAGAUUUGCGAAAUUCAGAUAUUUAGAAAUUUUAGCAUAAUCUGAGCAAUGCUGAAUUUUGAAGUUUCAAAUAUAACGUUUUGAAAUUUGUAUGAAAAGUUCGAACUUUUCUGAAAACUUGAUUGCAAUUACCUGAAAAAUCCUAAAUUCAAAUAAUUAUGAUUUUUAGCAUGAUAUGAGCAAUGCUGAAUUUCCGAAUCUUGAUUGAAAAAAGCUUUCCCGAAAAUUGGAAAAAUUUGAUAGUUGUUUCACGGAACACAUUUCGAAACACGUGUUUUUUAUUUCCAGCCAGCUCCAAAACUCAAAUCAUUAUUGGAUGGUUCUCCAGUUUUUCAACAUUUGGCUGAUACACCAAGAAAAGAAGUAGAUCUCGAAGAAACUUUAAAUGGAGAAGAUGAAGAAGAGAAUCGAGUUGAUAUUGAUGUUUGUUGUAGAGAUUUGGUCGCAUCAUUUGUGAGUUUUUGAAAAGAUCCAGAAAUCAGUCAACCUUAUAUUUUCAGGGAGAAGUUAUGAUUUCAAAAGCAGUUGAACAUCAAAAUGAACUUCGAGGUUGUGAUUGGUUAACAGCUUUAAAUGUUUGGCAACCAGCUACACUUCUACAACAAUAUAAAAUUGAAGAUCUCGAUGAUCCAUAUGAUGUUUUUGAUUCGUUUUGGAUUGAUAUUUGGGGUUCGAUUGUUGAAAUUCUCAAUGAAAAAUAUUUGAAAUAUUCGCCAAAUUCGCCGAUUUCUGCCGACAAAAUUGAGCAAUUCAAAAAGGAGGCAAAGGAAUAUUUGGAUUCGGAAUAUGGUGCGAAUUCACGAAAUGUUGAAUGGCAUCGAGAAAUGAAAGUGUGUAAAAAAGUGGAGAAUUUGAUGUUGUAUCAUGUUGAUUAUCGAUUUGAGGUUCGUAGAAUGAUGACGGAACAUGAAAAACAAAGAUAUCGAUUUGCACAAUUGCAAAUGAAUGGAAUAUGUCAUAGAUAUACGUCUAAUUUAUUGGUGAGGUUUUUUUGAGAGGUUUGGGAAAUAUUUUAUGAGUCCACGGAGAUUUUCAAUGAGACAUAAAUGUUUCUGUACUGUUUUUCACGCUGAGAAAAAUCCUGUUUUCAGUUUUUGCUGAGCGACUCUCCGAAGGUCCCAAAAAUGAGCCAGAAGUCCAGAAUUUUGUGAAAAUCGCGAUUUUGGGGACCUGUUACUCAUGUUAGAGAAAAUGUAAUCAGUUUUUGAUAAAAUCUUCUCUAACAUGAGUAAUAAGCUCUCAAAAACGCGAUUUUCACAAAAUUCACGACUUUUGGCUCAUUUUUGGGCUUUAGAGAGUCGCUUAGCAAAAACUGAAAACGGGGUUUUUUUCAGCGUGAGGCCUAGUUCUCAAUUAGACGGAUAUAGAAGCUAAUUCGACUAGCACCCAUGUCUAGAGCAGUCUUCUGGCAAGGAGACACGCCUUAACAGCUUAUUUAUCAAGUAGUCGACCCUAGAAAUCCCAGUUUCUCUAAUAAAACUCAAAUUUUUCCAGGAUUCCUAUUUGUCUGAAAUUUACAACGACGAAAAGGAGAAAUUGACAUCAUCCAUAAUUUCCAAAUCAAUGGAUUCCAUUUAA